AUGCUUUUGAGUGCAUUUACUACAACAGCUUGUCAAAAAAGUAGCAAAUUUCUGUUCGUUCACGUGGUUGACCCUGCCAUCGGAAGUUGCCUAACUGCACACAUUUAUGCCCGGAGACAUGUCAUCCAGGCCAAUGUUCAUCACCUGACAAGUGCAGUAAAAAGGUUACCGUUCGCUCACUUUGGACUCGGACUUCUACCCUGUAAUUCAGAUUGCAAGGCUAAAAUUCAAGUUGUGGAGCAGGAACUGCAUUUGCGUACAGCAAAGGAUGCUAAGGAGAAAGACGGCCCUACUGAAGCACAGCCUUCUAGGCGUAGAAAACGACGCCAGCGGUUACAAGAAGCAAAUCAGUUAUCCACACUCCAGAAAAUCCUCCCCGCCGUGAAGAAGCUGCUUCUAGUGGUCAUCCUCGUGGUUACUCUGAUAGCUGCAUCGUAUUAUGGUUAG